CCCGCCGCCGCCGCCGCCGCCGUUGAGCACCCGCCGUCGCAGGGAUCCGCGCUGCGUCCCUAUCCAAUCGCGCUCUACGGUGGAGAGGCGAUGGACUCGGCAGGCGCCGCGAAGCCCGAGGAGGAGGUGGCCGCCUACCAGAGCAGCGAGGCCAAGCAGGCGAGGCUGCAGUCCAUGCUCGCGGCGCUCCUCGACGACCCCAUACUCGCCGACGUCCCGAGGAAGCCCUCGCUGGCGGACGUGGACACGCUCAUCAACCUCGAGCUCGGCAGCGCCAUGAGGGUGACCGUCGUCAAGCUGGACAACACCUCGUUCGAUGUUGCGGUGCUGAACACUGCUACGCUCAAGGAUUUGAAGCUGGCUAUCAGGAAGAAGAUAACUGAGAUUGAGCAGGGCCAGAUGGGCCAUCGUCACAUCUCAUGGAAGCACAUUUGGGAGAACUACUGCCUGACACAUCAGAGUGAGAAGUUGAUAGAUGAUAAUUCCGCACUUUCUUCUUAUGACAUUCGUAAUAACUCCAAGGUUUGUUUCUCGCCGCACGUCAUGUCGAGAAUACAUCAGAAGCAUUCUAGGAGAAGAAAACACCGGUUCUUCCACGGCCUUAGCAGGAAGAUGUGAUCCUACCUCGUGAUUUCGGAUCAGUGAAGCCCUUACAGCCAACAGAGUGUGAUCGCUUAAGGCCAGUGGAGAGCGAUCACUUAUGAAACGAAGAACACUCCAAGAUUCAGCUGUGGCGGAUAUAUUUCAAGGAAGCAAUCGACUGAUUCGUUGAUGGCAUGCAGAAGUUGCAGAAGUUGAUGGCAAGCAGAAGUUGCAGAAGAUCGUGUAUGCUCGGGGAGAGCACUAUGUCCCUAGCGCUCGUUAGCUAAUGUGUGCGAUAAUUUCGAAGCUACUACUACUGAUUUAGUAGUCAUGAUAUUCGGCAGUGGGAAGUGCCGAAGUGCACUCUGCACUUCAUUUUAACUAUUUGAACGCUUUUUACAUGUCAGCUGGCCCUGGUAAACUACUGCUUCAUUUAUGGUUCAGACAAGUCUUGACUGCUCGUUUUUACUCAA